UUGCCGGCGAGGUAUUGUUUCGAUUUUAGCGCCGCGGCCAUGGCGACCGAAGCAUUUAAAACCACGUUCGACGAGCCGCUCUUGGCACCGCACCAUCACCCACCUCCCAAAGACAGUCCGUCGUCGUCGUUUUCACUCGGUUACGGUCUGAGUUUGGGCACCGUCGUCACGCAGCUCAACUCGUUUUUGGCUGUGCUGUGGCCAGUUCAGGUGACCAUGGUUCUCGCGAGUAUUGUAGCCGUGAGCAUGCGUGAUCCUGAUGCCGAACGCUCUAUGAGCCGAUACCUCUAUUACAAAGACAUCGACGAGUCGAUAGAAAGCACGAGCACAAAAGUCAUGGAAGCUCUGACGAACGCGCUCGUCAUCAUCUUUUUUAUUGCGAUAGUUACAUUCGCGGUGGUCCUCAUGUACAAGGUCAACUGCAUGGGGGGUUUGCAAGGGUACUUGAUGGCGUCGUCCGCGACCCUUCUCGGUCUCGUGGGGAGCGUGCUGGCGGAAAAAAUCGUGUGUGAACGUCUCCUCUGGCACGUCGACGCCAUAUCCAUGACUUUUGUCAUGUACAACUUUGCGAUUGUGGGAACAUUGAGCAUCUUUUACCAAAAGGGCGUGUCACCGGACGUCGGCCGUGCCUACUUGGUGGUGACAAGCGUCAUCAUGUCGUGGCAGUUGUGCCAAUUACCGUCGUGGAGCACGUGGGCUAUCCUGUGCGGCUUGGCCUUCUGGGACCUCUUUGCGGUGCUGACACCAUGCGGGCCGUUGCGCUGCCUCGUCAACUUGAUACACAGUGAAGGGCGUCCAAUGCCAGGGCUGCUGUAUGAAGCCGAGAUCAAGGCAACUCACAAAAACAGUCCCAACUACACCAAUGGUUCUUUCUAUACGGCCCACAACCUCCAGGCUGCUCAUGGCGCCGGAGUGUACAAGGCGCCACUGUACACAUCGCAGACUGCCCCCAUAGUGUACGCGAUUCCAGUGGCUGGGGCCUCCACAAACCUUGCUCGCCAGCAAGUUGUGUUUGAAAAUCAACUGCUCGAGUUCUGCCGCGACUACAAUUCACCCCACUCCGACCAUGUUGCGACUGUCGCCAAGCAGUACCUCCAUAAGCAGCAAGAGUGCUGGCAAUUGCUCUACACCAAGUACAACGUGUCGUACAUCCGAAGCAAUCGAUCGUACCCGUCGUACGCGGAGGUGUUUGAUGGGACGCCGAUGCCCGACCUCGACACUCAGGAGAAAGAAACGAUCAAGUUGGGCCUGGGCGACUUUAUCUUCUACAGUGUUCUCGUCGCUCGGGCUGCCAUGACAAGCUUUGGGGCGUUCAUUGCGUGCUUUUUGUGUGUUAUCGUGGUACGUUGUCGCGGAUUCAUGUUUUGACAUCGUUGAUCACGUGGUGAAGGGCCUGGCCAUCACAAUGUAUCUCCUGGGUCAUUUCAAUGCGCUCCCAGCCCUGCCCAUUUCGAUUCUCCUCGGAGUGUCUGCCUUCUUCUGGAUGGCGCAGAUGGCGAACGACUACCUCGCCUUCCUCGUCUUUCGCGGUGUUUGCUAAUCUCGUUGAAGAAAUUGCGAUCCUUUUGUUUAAUUAUAGUGGGGUUGACGAAUUACAA